AUGGACGUGUAUCACCUCCUUGACCAAGCAGAAGAAGACUCCCUGCAUAAGUCGCGUCUCUUAAAUGUCGAAGAAAAGCCUUUCAAAAGAAUCACAAAACGCCUCCUUACUCCAGCUUCCAUAGUGUCUACGCCUUCCUCAAUUUUUCCAACGCCCCCGCCUGACUCCGCACUUGGGGAUGAAGGUACUCUAGCACAACAUGAAGCAAGCAGACAGAAACUUUUAGAAGAGUGGAGGCAGUAUAAGGAGGACGUUACUUUGGACUUUGCGGCAUUUGAGAGCAGCAUAGCCAGAAUCCAAUUUCUAUUAUCAAGUAAUGCGAAGGAGCGCGAACGAUAUGCUGCCGAAAAGCUAAGAAUACUGGCCACCGCGCAGGAGGUGAAGGAAAAUACGGCAAAUUUGAGGAGACAAUUGGAAGAAGCGCAGAAGACUCUAGCACUUCGCAAGACAUAUGACGAACUCGCCGAGAAGAUUACCGCUAACAGGCUGCUUCGACCCCGGGAGGAUCAGCUGGCAAACCUCGAAAAACUAAAUACCGAGAUUGCCAAGCUGGAGACGGAAAGUGGAGAAUAUGCGCAGACCUGGGCGGAACGUCGAGAGCAGUUUGGCAGAAUAGUUGAAGAGGGAAUGAAUUUACGACGUUUGAUUCGGGAUGAAAAGGAAGAGGUGGAGAGGCGUGAAGGUAUGGAGGACGGUGAAGAGGGGUAUGAGGGAGAUACUAUCUCUAAGGGGAGAUUAAGCACCGUUGGCACUCCGCAACCUGAUCAAGAUAGUAUGACUCCGUCUCAGGCGAUGGAGGAUACUGCCUCGACCUCCGGAAAGAUGCCAGUCGAAAAGUUAAAAGCUGCAGUGACCCCGGGUAGUACCCCCUUACGGCAUGCAGUUGCCGUCUCAGAAUCAAAUACCGAUACAAGAGAUAUGGAGGAUGAAAGCAUGGGUGACGAAGGAGAAGUAACAGGGGAUGAAGCGGGAGCUGGUCUGACGACCACUACAGGCACUGAUGGCCUUGUUUCAUCUUUAAGACCAUCAGAUGAGCUGGAGGAAGGAGAGGAAGUAAAUGAUGAAAAGGAUACCAUGGAUACCACAUAA